AUGGCUUCCUCUUUUUCAGCAUGGCUGCGCUCACCAGCAGCUCGCCAAUACUUCUUCUCGACUCACUUUUGGGGUCCCGUUGCCAAUUGGGGUCUACCCUUGGCAGCAAUUGCUGAUCUGAAAAAGGACGAGGAGGUCAUCUCAGGAACCAUGACCACGGCGCUGGCUUGCUACUCUACUGUCUUUUCCUGGUUCGCUUGGAGGGUCACGCCAAGGAACUACCUCUUGAUGGCUUGCCAUAUGACGAAUGCCUCUGCACAACUUGUGCAAGGCGGAAGGUUCGUGAACUAUCACUACAUGGGGGGCAAAGACAAGCGCAUCGAGACAAAGUGAGGGUAAGCGCAGCUGCUCACGGCGAGUGCUUACAAGUAGAAGCAACCCUUGCCGCGUGUAUGUCCUCCAAUGUCCCGAGUUG